GCUUAGCUGUACUCACAUCCUACACAUCCUACACCUUGCUCCACUCUGCACUUUUUUGUGAUUCUAACUCCCUCUAUUUAUUCUUGUAAAUCGGAAAUUUUACCCAGGGGGAGUAGGUCAAAAGAAAUUUUUUAAUAAGCUAAAAAAGAUAAAAAUCCUAGACACUCUUCUCGUCACUGUUUAUUUGUCUGCCGUCAGCAACAGGAGUGUCAGAUAGGGUUUCUGUACUUUUUUGCUGCUUCUGUUAGCGGUUAUGGCCUCAGAAGGAACCGUGGCUUUGUCAAUGGCGGAUUGGCAGGUUUGCGAGACGCCCCGGACGCCCGAAAAUGAGCACGCAGGAGUGGCAAACGGAAUUGGAAGCCCGGAAAGUUUGGAUUACUCUCUGCCGGUGGCGGCGGAGAAUUAUUCGCCAGGGAAAGAAGUGGCAACUUAUUCGGCGGUGAAGGCGAGUGCAAAGGGGGAGGGAUGGCCAUACGCACCAGAGGGAUGGCCUAUGGCCGGUGACAAAUGGAGUUGGAAGGUGGGUAAGAGGUGGAGUCCCAAGGGCUACUGGCUGGACCGUUACCUGAUCUUGCCCAAGCGCUUGCAGAAGGGAGGCAGGCGAGUCUAUUUCUUUAGCAAGAGGGCUGUCGUAGAGUACAUUAAUACGGAGUUUCCUGGGACUGAUAUUGAGGGUUUUUUCAGCUCGUUUCAAUGGGAGGUCCCCUGCAUUACUGAAGGGAAAACCACCGCCUGUGGAAAGCGUGGGAGAGAACCAGAACUAGGUGGGAAUGUUGUCAGUGAAGAGAGGGUCUGUAAAGCUGGAAAUCCCAAAUGUGGUAUAGAAACUCACAAGAAUAAGUCACUUAAGGCCAUGAAUUGUGACAUAUGUUGCAUCGAAUUUGGAUUUUGCCGUGAAUGCUCUUGUAUUCUUUGUGGGAAGACUACUGACCAGAGUGAGGGGGAGUAUACUUCUAUUCGAUGUGAAGGGAAACUAAAUGAAGAGUUUGUUUGUGGGCAUGUUGCUCAUCUAGAGUGUGCUCUUCUUUGUCACAUGGCGGGUGUUGAGCGAAGCAUUGGUUUAGAUGUGGAAUAUUAUUGUAGACGUUGUGACAAGAAGACAGACCUGAUGAUGCAUAUUGUUGGCUUGCUUCGUGCAUCAGGGUGCCUCAAAAUAAGGGCUGAUGUUGAGAAGAACUUAAGUAUUGCACUACGCAUCUUGCAGGGUACACGGAAGACUGCAAGAAGAAGCCUACACAAUGUUAUUAAUUCGGCUGUACAGAAGCUUCACAGUGGAAUGAAUCUGGAAGAUAUUGUGGAGUUGCAUCAAGCUCCAGUGGCAGUGGAAGCAGGGAAGACAGCAAUAGAGAGUGAAAAACUUAACUAUCAACUAAAGCCUCUAAGUAUUACUCCUGUUUCUCUUGUAAGCCCGAGAGGUGAAGCAGUGCAACACUCAGGUUGUAUUUCUUCUGUCAUAGUUGAAGACAACAGAUCAAGUGCAUCUGCUUUCAGAAAUAUAUUUGGAGCUAGAAGCCCUCUAUCUGAACCAUUGCAACUGGCAGGUCCUAUUUUUGAUGAGGCUACUUCUCAGAAAAGUUCAUUGGUUCGUGAGAGACUACGUGGAAGGUCAAUGGUGCUUCCAGAAGAUGCUAAUGGAGCCGCAGACCUACUUAGUUCCCCCGUUCAUAUCACAGCUUUGAAAUUUGAGAAUAGAAUUAACCAAGCCUUGCAUGGCCUAAGGAGGUCUCAAGAAGCAGAAUACAAGCUUGCCCAAGAAAGGCUGUAUGCUCAGAAAGAUUUUCUUUUAUCGCUCUUUAAGCAGCUGGACAUGGCAAAUAGUAAAUUCACAAAUUGUUCAUCUUCAUCGUCCUUAGAAAACUUUGAUGACUUGCUUGAUGGCGUUUCUGAUCAAGUUGCGAGGCUGAGGAAAGAAAAUGCAAAAUUUGGACAAAUGCUCACAAUUACAAAUGGGUUUGGCCAUACUCAAAAGGAUAUAUUAAGGGAUUUUUUUGGAGUAUCUCUUGAAGAUGGACGAUUAAAUCUCUAGUUGGCCAUUUUGUACGUGGGAGUACUCAUCUAACAUGCUCUCUCGUUCAAAAAAGAUUUUUGCUUUGAUGCACAGAAAACAAGGCACAUUUUCUGCAGCUCUUCGUUUUAUGUCACGGGUGUGAUUGCUCUGCAGGGUAUGGCAGUUGAAACAUAUAUCCCUUGAUAUGUAUGUUAAUAACUAAAAAAAUUAGAUCUUGUUCCUUGCACGUAAGGCCUCAACAACAGAAGAGAAGCAAGGAAUCAAUUUUUAAGUUUUGUUUUCUUGGUAUGAUCAGGUCAUAGCAACAUAUAAAUUUAUUGUUGCUUGUAACAAAAUCUGUAACAGUUUCACAAGAACUAAUAUGUUAUCUAGUAGAAUUUGCAAUUUUGAAGCUCAUAGCCAUCCCUUAUGUACA